UUUGGCGCAUAGUCCCACUUAAGACGAUAGGGAACCCAGAAUAAAUUAGAUUGCAUGCACCACUCUGCGCCUCAACCCUUCCCCAUCAGCCUGAUAGUUUGAGCGAAAGGUGAAGCAAGGCAAAAGAAGAAUGUUUAAGCCUAAAUCCCUUAACGCGUUGAGAUCUGUGAGGCACCUCAACCAUUCCUCAUCUGCCAGCUCUUGGUUAUCCCAGUUGUCUCCGUCGUCGUCGUCUUCUUCGUUUGCUCGAUCGGACAGUUUCCAGACCGUUCGAAAUUACGCCAGCGGUGUCGAUGACAGAAAUCAUAUCACUUUUGGGACUCGUCGAGUUCUGGUGCCUCCCAGGCGGGCUGUUGUCAUUAAGCGGUGGUUUGGAAUGUACUCCAAGACCCUAUUAUCUGGAGAAUAUUUCUUAAUUCCGUAUUUUGAUAAAAUUGCUUCCGUGCAUUGCUUGAAACCCAAGACCAUAAAUCUUCUUGCCCAGAAAGCUAUAACCAAAAACAACGUGAGCCUUACUGUUACUGGCCAUUUAACACUCAAGAUUGUGGAGCCUCUGUUAGCCUCUUAUGCGGUCGACAAUCCCAUUGAUAAGGCUACUGGUCUUGCUCAGAGUAUUCUGUGUGAUGUAGUUGGUGAACUCACUGUUGAACAGAUAAUGAAAGAGCAGCGAAGCCUCAAUCUACACAUAUCGUCAUUUCUCAACGACAGGAUCUGUAGAUGGGGCUUGUCUUGUGAGGCAUUUGAGAUAAAUGACAUAGCACUUCCACAUGAGGUGAAGAAAGCUAUUGAGGACUUUAAGGCAACCAAAGCAAAGAGAGCUGCCAUACUGGAGUCAGUUGCUGACUUCUUCUCCAAGGCUACUAAGGAAGCUGGUGGGAGACGAGGUUCUCCAUCAAACUAAAUGAAGAACUUGCAGAUGUGAGGUUGUGCUUCAGGCUUAAGGACUCCUGCAUGGCCUUAUUGAAGCCAAAAUAUUUUCUUAAUUUGAAGUUAGUUUCAGGUAGAGGGCCAGUUAAAGUUUAUUUGCUGGAUCAGAAGACCCAAGUUCUUUGGAGAAUCAGCACCAUUAUCAAUCUCACAUCUUUAGAGGCCAAUACAAUAAACUUGCUUCAUUAGGUCAUCUGUGUUGGGACAUAACAAGGUUUCAUCUUUAGUAAUCCUCAUGGAUGUGUGAAAUCGCUUUGGCGGUUUUUCUUGUAUUAAUUUCUUUUUCUAGUUGUAAUUCCUUUUCAGUCACACAAAGAUAGGGGAGUGUGUACUAGACACUCUUUCUUGUAUUUUCAGGCAGAUCCUGCAAUGUAAAGUUCCUGUUAGGCCUUGGUUUCUUA